UCUCAAUUUCUUUUUUGUACUUUCCUUUGUGUUGCUUGUAUUUCCUCUCUGCAAUUUAUUUUGCUGGCUUUGUGAUAUUUCUUCGAGAAGAAAAUUAAAAAAAAAAAAACAAAGAAAGAAAGAAAGAUAAUUACUCCGGCCCUCUGCUUUCAUUUUGUCAGAGUUGGGCUCGUUUCUUGCCUUGUUGAUGUUUUUUUCAUGAUUGAUUUCGCAAGUUCAUCAUCUUUCAGAUCAGUUCAUAGUUGUCUGAGAUUUGUGUGAAGCAUCUGUUUCUUAAAGUUGUCCUGAACACCAUAAAAGGAUAUAGUCUCAUGCCUGAUCUGUGUUGGAACACUGAGGAAAGCUUAUUAAUCGCUGGUGGUAGAUCUUCAAAUUGUUCAAAGAUUCACAUCUCGAUUAUUGUAAGGAGUUGCUCCCCAAGAUGUCGUCAAACCCAGAUGAUGAGUCCAAACAGCAGAUUGGCGAUCUAAAAGGUUAUGGAUCCGAACAGAAGAGUUCAUUCGAGUCCGGAAAACGCAAAGCGGCUAUUUUUGGUGACUCUAUUGGGCCAGCGACGAAAAAGAUGUCUGAGUCGGCCGAGGAUCCCAUUCCUGCAAUGGGAGAAACUCUUCCUGUGCAGGAUCUGCUAUGUCUGAGGAGGAUAAGGGAUUUUUUAUGCCUCAUCUUGAGCUACCCCAAGAAGCCUUACUAUGAUGAUGAAAAGUUUCUAAAGGAAUGGAUGAUCGAAGUUUCAUUGUUAAGAGCCCAAUAUUGUUCGCAGGAAGCGCUCCAACGUCUUGUGUCUGAAAGUCCACUGAAAGAUGUGAAAGGGAUAAUACCAGAGGACAUAACAGAACAGAUUAAAAAUGGGGGUAGCAUCAUCUUCAACAAAAGCAACUCAAAGGAGCUUGCUAGUGCUACCAGCAAAGACCCACCACCCAAUCAUGUGCCUCAACCCAUUCUUGACUUAGCUACUCGUCUUGCUGUUCACCAACUGGCUCAGAUUUUUUCUCCAGAAAGCCGUGGUAACUCAUUUUAUUGGAUGGGAGCUCAUGUUGUAUGCUUGUCAACGAGAAACGAUGCAGAAAAACAAGCUGUCGUGGAAGGCAUCAAAGCAAAUUUACGGAGCGGUGCGACAUUUGAGAGCCACCAAAUUGUUCAUCUUAGUCAGAUGGAUAAAAUUGAUGAUGCUUCAAUGAGGGGGUAUCUAUCGACUACUAGUAGAAGAAGCAGAAAGUUGGUGCUUCUAGUGGACGGAGAUGGUGACAAAAGAGUAGACCUUCGAAAGGUUCUUAAUACUCUUUUAAAUAGAAGAUAUUUUAAAAAUGCUGCUGUAAUUAUAACAACAGGAUCAUCGGCACUCCAAAAUGAUGAAUUGAAUUACAAGGCGGAUCUUAUAAGAAUCAGGACAGAGGAUCAUGUUCUGCCUUGGGAAGUCUUCUGCAAGAAUGUAGGCAGAGAGCUUGUAUACUCAUCAGGUGCCAUCCAGAGGGUUGCAGUGCAGAUCGUUGAGGAGUGUGGUGGCCAUCUUCAUGACAUUGUCUAUGUAGCAGAGUUGUUGAAAGAUGUGGAAGAUGUUCAAAUCUGGAACCAGACGUUGCAAAAGUUACGGAAUUCGAUCCUACCAUCCUACAGCCGGACUGAAUUUAAACGUUUUGUGCCCGGAAAUCGUGUGCAAGAUCUGCCAAGUCUGGUGAGGAUAAGGGAUUUAGUUCACCUCAUCUUGAGUUACAACAUGAAGCUUGGCCAUGAAAAUCUUAUGGUGGAAUGGAUCAAUGGAGUUUCAGACUCAAGAGCCCAACAGGGUUCACAGGAAAGGCUUCGUCAUUGUCAGUCUGAAAGUCCACUGAGACAUGUGAAAGGGAUUAUCCCAGAGGACAUAAUAGAACAAAUAAUCAAUGGGGGUAGCAUCAUCUUCAAACAUGCGCCAUCACCCAUCCUUGGCUUAUCUUAUCGUCUUGCUGUUGCCCAACUGGUUCAAUUUUUAUCAGUUUUGUAUCACCGAUUUUAUAGUACGCCUGUUGUGUGGUUCUCAACGAGAAAUGAUUUAGAAAAACAAACUGUUGUGGAAGACAUCAAAGCAAAUUUCCAAAUUGGGAAGACAUUUGAGACUCUCCAAACCAUUUAUCUCGAUCGGCUUGAUGAAGAGUUUCUUUUUUUUGAUGUUUCAAUGUGGACGACGGAGACUGAUCGUGCAAGGCGUUGGAGAGAAUAUUACGAGUUUGAAGUUUUAGAGCUUCCAGGGCAAUAUAAAAGACACCGAAAUUUGAUUCUUCUAGUAGAUGGGGAUGGUGACAAAAGAGUAGACCUCCAAAGGGUGCAUAUUCCUCCGGAUAUAAGAGAUUCUACAAAUGCUUUUAUAAUCAUAACAACAGGAUCAUCCAUACUCCAAAAUGCUGAAUUGGCUUACGAGGUGGGUGUUAGAAUCAAGACAGAGGAUCAUGUUCUGCCUUGGGUAAGUCUUUUGCAAGAAUGUAGGCAGAGAGCUUGUAUACUCAUCAGGUGA